GAUUUAAUGAUCGGGGCCGGUUUCCCGCCCACGCCUCUGUCAUGCUCUCAGCAGCCCACCGCUCCCCGAGCCUAUGUUCACUGAGUUAAAACCCUCUGCCAUCUUUUGUGGGGAGCAACAACUGUGAGGAAGCUGUUAUUCUCAAAUACCCAGUCAUGGUCCAAGCCAAGACAUGGAUCCUGGUCAAGCACUUUGACGGCUUCCCAAAGCAAAGCAACUUUGAGCUCAAGGUGGAAGAGCUUCCUGAACCCAAAGAUGGGGAGGUGCUUUUGGAGGCAGUGUUUCUCAGUGUCGACCCGUACAUGAGGCCGUUCAGUAGGAUUCGCAUGAAGGAAGGCAAUGUGAUGAUUGGAACUCAACUGGCCAAAGUGAUCCAAAGUAAUAACCCAGCAUUUCCAGUGGGGAGCCAUGUUGUUGGCCGUUGUGGCUGGAGAACCCACACAGUCUGUGAUGGGACGGACCUCGUUGCCAUCAUGCCUGACUGGCCUCAAGAUGUCUCGUUGUCGCUUGCUCUGGGUAUCAUCGGCAUGCCAGGACUUACGGCACUGUAUGGGAUUGAGGAGGUUUUGGGAGUCCAGAAAGGUGAGACCCUGCUGGUAAAUGCUGCAGCAGGGGCUGUUGGCUCCGUGGUUGGCCAGAUUGCCAAGAUCAAGGGCUGUAAAGUGGUUGGUUCAGCAGGGUCUGAUGCGAAGGUGGCCUUCCUGAAAGAGCUGGGCUUCGACGAGGCCUUCAACUACAAGACUGUUGGUUCCUUGGAGGAGGCACUGAAGCAGGCUUCUCCGGAGGGAUACGACUGCUUCUUUGAAAAUGUGGGGGGCCCUUUUUCAACUGUUGCCUUGCAACAGAUGAAGAACUUUGGAAGAAUUGCAGUAUGUGGAAGUAUUUCUGUGUACAAUGACACCACACCUCAGACAGGCCCAUACCCCCAUCUCACCAUGAUUUUCAAGCAGCUUAAGAUGGAGGGCUUCAUGCAUAGCAAGUGGGAGCAUAAGCACCCCGAAUCCCUCAAGAGACUAAUGGGAUGGCUGAAGGAGGGCAAACUGCACAGUCGAGAGCACAUCACAAAAGGCUUUGAAAAUAUGCCGGCUGCUUUUAUGGGGCUGCUGCGGGGAGAUAACAUCGGCAAGGCUAUCAUCGCAGUCUGACGUGGAGCACAGGAUCAAUAGAGACAGAACAGUAUUACCAAUAUCUGACACAUUAUUAAAGAAUUCAUAUAUGCAGGACUGAUAGACACAUACAACUAACCAUAUACUGUAUUUUCAUAUUAACAUGUAGUUGUCAAAAUAA